AAAUACGCAGCACCUGUUUCUCGCUGGUCCCGAUGUACUUGAUGCCGGCCAUGCGCGAUCCGCUCCGUGACCACGACAACGAGGCGCUGGAGGCUCUUGAGGAUGCUGACCCCUCAGCCGACGACGCAUCGAUGCCGUCGAGGGAGGGCUGGCGGAUGCGGGCGAAGACUGGGCUGCAGAUUUUCCUCGACCUGGUCCUGUCGACAGCCAGCGUGUUGGCGAUCUAUUGGAUCUCUAGCGCAAACUCUUCCAUGCUGUCGUGGAUCCUCGCUUCCGUGUUGCUGGCCCUCAUGGUCUUGUGGCGCGUGCUGCACUUACGUUCGGCGAAGGACAAAGAGAUUCCAUACACCUGUGGCCGUGCUUCUGUGAAUGGCAAGGACGUGUAUAUCGUCUCCACGUUGCACAUCUCUCCGCGUUCGGAACGCGACGUGAUCUCCGCGAUCUCGACGGUGCAUCCGGACGUGGUGAUGAUCGAGCUGGAUGAGGAACGCUUGGAAUUCAUGAGAGGGCCCAAUCAUCAACCGACCUUGCAGCCCUUCCAGUACACUGUUCCAGAUGGGUCCAACGGGUUGAGCACCCACGGUCCCAUCGCCACGCAGCGGGCCUACUGGAACGGAGAGAUGGCGGGCGAAGACAUCCGGGGGCCCAUGGUGCAGCGGGAGAGCACCAGGUGUGCUGACGUGGACGGCUGUAUCGUUCUCUUGGAGGACGACUCCGAGCCGUUGACCCAGCUGGCCUUUCGCUUCGCCGCGGCAGGCGCUCGCGCGCUGCUGGUCCGCGCGCGCGGCAGCAGCAGCAGGCAGCUGCCGGCAGGUCGCCUCGGCCAUGAGAGCUUGCUGACCGAUGUGAGGGUCGCCUACCGUGUGAGGAGCAUGGGUUAUCCCCCGAUCCCCGUGCUGAUGCUGACACAAAGUAGCUUUCAGCAGCUUGCCGCCGACCUUGGACAGCACGGAGCUUCUGCACAGGGCUCCUUCCAGAUCCUCCCGGAUGCCUUCCCUCGGCGCACGCUGCGGCGGCGCCUGUGCCAGGAAGUGGCCUUUGGCUUGUCUGGAAUUUGGCUGCUUUAUGGCAUCAUGGAAUGUUGCCACGUGGAUGCCGGAGAUGAGUUCCUGGCGGCUGAGAGGGAGGCCCAACGUCAGCAGGUGCCCUGCUUGUGCAUCGAUCUGGAUAUGGACCGGCUGUGCAGUCGCUUCGCCGCCGCGGCGGUGCCGUCGCCCCGGAAUGUGCUGAAGGCCAUGGGCGCGUGGCUCUCGGUGCCGCGCCAUGCGCUGCGGAUUGGUUUUCCUUCCACCUGUGAUGUGGAUGUGCUGGGCUGCACUGCUUUGCACUUUGGGAGCUUCCGGCUUCGCACUUGCCUGAGCUUCAUCCUGGGUGCCUUUGGUGCCAGUGCUCUUGUCGCGCUGCUCCUGCUGCUGCUGGGCAGCGGCGCUGAAAGCGCUGCCGAGGGUGCUGGUGUGGUGAAGCCGGAGUCACCGGAGGACCGCCAGGCAGUGAUCUCAGACAUCCUGCUGGCCAUUGAGAUGUACAUGCUCCCUUGUAUUUACUCAGCCAUGGUGGUGGCCAGAGAUGAGGCCAUGUACCAGUCCAUGGCCUCACAGGUGCGAUCGGUGUCCAGCACCUGUCACCGCGUGGUGGUGGUCGUUGGCUGUGCCCAUGCCAAUGGGCUUCUUCAGCGAAUUAGAAUGCAUGGUCUUUAAAUAGAA